CGAAUAUCCAAUCACGUGCUGUGUGACGUAAACAUCACCUGACAGCAUAUCAAAUGACAAUGAAAUAAUGUUUGUAUUUGCGGUUUAAGACGUGAAUCAGUUUGUUUGGUAUAUUACGGAUAUUCGGACAUGGAGUGCACAAAAUGUAGAUUGACAAAACCCAUAAAUGAGUUUCCAUCGCAAACAGUGCUUGAUGCAUGUAAACACCCGGCGUUUUCAUGUUUACGGUGCAUCGUGAAAUCGGUAGAAGAUGAUUCAAAGUGUCCCGAGUGUCCUCUUCAAGUCCUUAAAGACAACGAGCGUGUAGCUUUCUUCAAAUCCCAGCUACAUUAUUUGUUUAAAGAGUACACAGUUAAUAGCGACGAUGGGACCAUCAUUGAUUGUAUCGAUCAGGACCAUGCCAUAGCAGAAGGCCAAGAAUAUCAGCUUUACAUUGUCUUAUUUGAUGGGCAGAAACACAAGAUAUCUUGUGACAAGGAGUCGACGGUGCUGAGCCUCAAGUCAAAAAUCAAGGCCGUCACUAAAAAAGAUGAAUGUAUUCAAAGACUAUUUUUUCGAGAUAAAGAGAUGCCCAAUUACUCCAGCUUGUCCAUUCCUUCCAAAUUAACCGAUUUCAAUAUUCCAAGUGGAUCUUCGCUAAAGUUAGUUAUUGUGUUACAAACAAUUAAGGAAGAUGAAAUACCAUCUAUCGUUUUUGAACUCUCGUGGGAGGUUCCGGAAACACAAGUGCAAACGUUCUUUUCUCGGAUAAAACUGUCUCAACCGAAAACUGUUUACAGUAAAGAGGACUGCGUAGACUGCACUUGCUUUAUAUUCAGUGGACACGAACAUUUAGACAUUUGUGACUACAAAAGAAAAAACACAUUCGAAGGAAUACGUCAUUCCGGUGACAUCUUUAAUGAAACAGGAACAGCAGGCAGUCAGAAGAUGGUAGUCGAUUUAAAAACGUUAUCCUUAGAGACGACUCACCUUUUUUUUACGAUAAGUUCUUAUAAUUCAGAAGCUUUGAAGAAGUAUAAGAAAAUAACUCUCUCUGUGUAUGAACAAUCAAGCCCGGAAGUAAAAUUGUGCGAGUUGAAAUUAAAUAAAGUUAAAGACUCGCAGGCUGUUAUAGUUUGUCGAGCAACAAGGAAUCCAAAGAGUGGAAGUUGGCAAGUAUGCGAGAUGCAGGUCCCCUCAAAGGGAACUGCGUUGGAGGCUUAUGGCGAACUUAUUAAAACUCUUGUGGGUGUGUUGCCAGAGCUUAAGACUGUAGAAUAGGCGAACAAUGUUAUGUGUUUGAAAGAAAAACAAUUUGUUCGAAGAGGGAAGAAGAACGUCAUUUAUGACUUGUAGUUUAAUAUGUUUUGUUCUUGUUUUCUGUUGCGUCUCUAUCGUUGAUUGUUUUGGCUAAGAAGUGUACAUAUUUAAACGCUGCUGGACGUGUCCUUAUCAGUUUAUUCUUGACUCUAUUACAUUUCCGAUUGAUGUUUUUUUUGUGUGAACUUGGAUGACAAUCGGACCAUAUCCCUGUUAGAACGCGUUUACUCAUCAAAAUAUAGUUUAUCUACUUUUAGUAAGUACAAGAUGCUGCAAGGCGCACAUGUUUACCACAGCAAUUAUAAAAACCUUUAGAACCCUUGACACAAUUGCCAAAGGGUUUUAUGAAUAAGCGGGAAUAACUAUUUUGUUUAAAUUGUAAUGUUUUCAAUAUAACCAUUCAAAUUGAAAAAAAAUGUUCUUGUUGAUAAUAAUUUUGCUACAUUAAAAACAAUGAACAAAUUAAUCAGCGUG